AUGAAAUUGUUUGGAAAAACAUACGACAAAAUUACGGUAACAACAUCUGGCUUACUCUCAAUAAGUGAUUUGCCAAAGACGUUUGGAGGCAACUUAGAACAGAUGCAUUUGACCGGGGUGGCACCGUUCUUUGCCCCUAUUGAUACCAGCCGAGGAGGGCAUGUGACAGUGGCCGAAGUCACAGACUCGGACACGCUGACGCGCGUCACUCGUAGCAUUCAAGACAAUUACGAGGAACCGACAUUCCAGGCCAGAAGUGUUCUGAUCGUGACGUACAUGAACGUCACCGACGGAAGAUCCCAGCGAGGGAAUACUUUCCAAACAUUGCUCAUCAGCGGAAUGAACAACAAACAAGAAAAAAUGACAUUCGCUCAAAUGCUCUACAAGGAUAUGCAAUGGGGUGAUGGCGCUGAAGCUGCCAUUAUGACUAACGACAUCUCCUCUUCGGUGAGUCUUCCCGGUUCGGGUACGCAAGGUAUCGAACAGCUCACACAACUCAGCAACAUCGGACAGCCGGGCAUUUGGCUGUUUAGGAUAGGUAACGCAAAGAUUUCUACCAAGUGGUGCUACUCGAGACAGAACGAAGAAAUUUCAGAUGAGCCAUCCAUUCAACCAUGUCCAUUGGAAGGACAGCAGCCACCGUACUGCCAGAAGAAGAUACGACCAUCCGAUAGGAUAUUACCACCAAGGCCGACUCAACAAUCCCGUGGUCCGGUAUCCUCACCUCUACCUACCUCUCGCUUCGACGGCACCUCAGCACUUUCCAUCCCCAUCGAUGCUCCUCGUAUCAUCCAACCACAACUCGUUACUCCACAAUCCGCAAGGCACAAUAUACACGUUGCUGCACAAACUGAGGUAUGUUAG